AUGGUAGAAAAAGGUGAAGCAAAAAGAAGAUGUCAGUCUGUCUAUCUCAACCAUUGUCAGUCAGUCUGUCUGUCUCAAUCAUUGUCAGUAUGUCUAUCUCAGCCAGUGUCAUUCUGUCUAUCUCAACCAUUGUCAGUCAUUCUGUCUGUCUCAAUCAUUGUCAGUAUGUCUAUCUCAGCUAGUGACAGUCUGUCUGUCUAUCAAUCAUUGUCAUCAGUCAGUCUGUCUGUCUGUCUUUAUCUCAGUCAGUGUCAGUCAGUCAGUCUGUCUGUCUGUCUGUCUUUAUCUCAGUCAGUGUCAGUCUGUCUGUCUCAAUCAUUGUUAGUAUGUCUAUCAGUCAUUGUCAUUCUGUCUAUCUCAACUAGUGUCAGUCUGUCUAUCAAUUAUUGUCAGUCAGUAUGUCUACUUGUCAUUGUCAGUCUGUCUGUUUCUUGA